UAUGCACAGAAUAUUUUGUAAACAUGCACUAAAGAGACUUCUUUUUCGCUUUUUAUUUUUUAUUUUUUUAUUUCCGUCUGUUUUGUGGAAAUAAGUUUGGAGAUAUUUGUUUAGCUGCAAAUAAACUGUAUGUGUUCCUUGAUAGGAAUUGACUGUCUAAUCUGAAUAGCAGAUAAUCUGCAUUUCUUUCUCUUUUUUGGAUGUUCUUUUGUUUUCAGAUAAAGGCAACUGUUUUUAUUUUGCUUUAUUUAUAUUAUUUAGGAGAGACUAUCUUAAUUCUUGUUAACAGGCACUUUUAAGUUCUAAUUAGCUAUCUUUCGAGUUGUUUUGUUGCAUUAUAGUUGUUCUUUCAUGCAUUUGCAGAGUUGAACUUAUUUCUCUUGGUAUUGCUAUUACAGAAUGUCGCCUUGUUUAUAAUGGCAUGAUCCUUAAUCCUGCGACUGUGGGACCUAGAAUAUUUUGCAUUGACGGAGUCUUGGCUUGCUUAACUGUCAUAUUUACUGCCGCCCAUAAUCAUAUGAGAGGUCUGUGCAGCAUGAAAGGAGUCGGGGUAGAUAAUUCCUCUGGUGUAUGUCCCCAUGUGUCUGAUGCAGAAUCUCAGGUUUUACUACCUUUAUCUAGGAGGACUGAGCAAAAAUGUCCAUCCUCAGAAGUUCACUCGACCCCAGAAAUUGAGAAGAAGUAUGUUCUUCGUGUUUAUGAUGCAAUUGCUCCCCAUUUUAGUUCUACCAGGUUUGCAAAAUGGCCCAAAGUGCAAAUGUUCUUGAACUCUUUGCCUCAAGGAUCGCUCGUCUUAGAUGCUGGAUGUGGAAAUGGGAAAUACUUGGGUUUAAAUCCCAAUUGCCAUUUCAUUGGCGGUGAUAUUAGUCCUCCUCUUAUCAGUAUAUGUGCAGGUAAAGGGCAUGAAGUUUUAGUUGCUGAUGCAGUAAAUCUUCCUUAACAAACUGGUUACAGCGAUGCUGCAAUUUCCAUUGCUGUGUUACAUCACCUGAGCACAGAAAGCAGGAGGAGGAAAGCAGUAGAUGAAUUGAUUCGUGUUGUUAAAACAGGUGGCCUUGUCCUAAUUACAGUUUGGGCUAGGGAACAAGAAGAUAGAUCAUUGAUUAACAAAUGGACUCCGCUUACUCAGAAGUAUUUAGAAGAGUGGAUAGGUCCUGGUAGCCCUCGAAUUCACAAUGCGACAUCUACAUUUGCUCUAGACGGCAUCCCUGAAACUGCUGAAAAUGGUCCUGGGGAGCAGUCGAAAGAUUUUCCUGCCGAAUCUUCAGAUGUAGCAUCACAUGAAAUUGUGCAAUCGAACUCUAGAUAUGGAGAUCAGUCACUGGCUUCUAAAACUGAAGAGAACUGUGCAUCCCAACAGGAAUAUUUUGUUCCUUGGCACUUACCUUAUCAUCGAGCUGAAGUCAGUGGAGCUUCUGCCAGUGCUGUAGCAAAUGGUCUGGCAAGGAAAGAUGAUAAGAAGGGGGCAAUGGUUUAUGUUGGGAAUUUACUUAAACAU